CCGUGAGAUCAUGACCUGAGCCGAAGCCGGACACUUAACCGACUGAGCCACCCAGGCGCCCCCAGGGUGCUUUUUUAGAUGGCCUGGGCCUCUAGGGACUGUGUGGCCCCAUGUGGGGCCACAGCUACUGAAAUUCAAGUUUGUUGAAGUAAAUAACAUUCAGUGCCUCGGUCACACCAGCCAUGCACGUUUGCAGUGUUUGCUGCCUGUGUGACUGGGGGCCAUGCUGGCCAGCACGCAGCUCCCUCCGUGCUGGUCGUCCUGGGACCUCACUUCGUCCAGUCGUGGAAGAGCCUGGAUGAGGAGCCGUGUCAGGGGCGGGAUCUUUGGAAACGCAAAGUCCAGCCAUGCAUCGGCCUUCCCCAACCCCCAUCUGCUGCGGGACCCCAUGGAAAGGCCCAGGCUGAGCUCACUAUGCACUCACUCAUGUGCGGCAGAGGCCUCACCACUAGCCUGAGAAAGGGUUUCAGUUUGACCCCAAGACCUGUUGGCAGGUUGUGACCCUUCUCCCAGGAGAAGGUUGUGGACUUUUUCCUGGGAAGGGAACAGAAUGCCUACUCAGUGCCGGGCCCAACACAGUGCCUCUGUGCCUCUGUCUUGUCUGGAUGAAAUAAAUCUAAGGAAGGGGCCUGGCCUGGACCUGCUGGCGCUGAGACCCAGGCCCCGGCAACAGCGGAGGCAGGUUGGAGAGCCAGAGGGGGGUGGCCAGCCUGGCCCCCUCCCAACCGGGGCUGGGAGGGUCUGAGCGGCAGCUUUGAUCCCUGGGCCCUUCCAUCGCAGCCCAGUGCCUGGAGGGAGGAGGGGCUCCAAUUACAGUGUCCCCUCCCCUCCCCUCUCCCGCCACAGCCAGCCUUUCUCUGGCCCUUCUCCGCCCCUUGGUGACCCUCUCGGCCAGUGUCUUCUGUGCUCCUGCACUUCGGCCCCUCCCCAUCCUCCUCCCCUCCCCACCCCCUGCCCUGCGCUGACCACAGAGGGGCCAGGCAGGGGAGGGGCUGGCGCCACAUGCACAGACUCAGAGCUGGGAGAGGCCUGGAACCCACCCAGCCCCUCGAACUGGGGUGUUGGGACACGGCAUCUGCUGUGGGCUCAGACCUUGGGAGCCAGGGGAGAGCCCCUCCAUCAGCUGGGGGCCGGAGGGCAGGGGCGGCGACCACAGGCCUGGGAGGGUAGAUGCCUUCAGGGAGGAAGCUGGGAAGGGCCUGAGGAGGGACUGGUGGUCACAUCCCCCACCCCCUGGCCUGGCGGUCCCCAUGCUGGCCCCGAGGCCGCUCCUGCUGCUGCUCCUCGUGGUUGGGCUGACCUUGGGGGCCAGCCUGCCGCCAGGACCCGGGAGCCACCCAGGCGUGUGCCCCAACCAGCUCAGCCCCAACCUGUGGGUGGAUGCCCAGAGCACCUGUGAGCGAGAGUGCGUCGGGGACCAGGUAAGCAGAGACACCGUCCCCACCAGCCCUGGUUGGGGGCGGGGAACUCAGGGCACCUUGGAGGCUUGGUCAGCCCCGGGGAAGCCCAGACUCUGCCCUGCACCCAGGCUUUGCCUGCAGAAGGGACCCCAGCCCCAAUCCUGGGAGUAUUCUUUCUCCUCGGGCUCCCCGUGCUCUGCUGCUGGUUUCAGGCGGUUGCACGACUGCCAGGCCUCCGAGAAGUGCUGCGCCAACGUGUGCGGGCUGCAGAGCUGCGUGGCGGCGCGCUUCCCGGACGGCGGCCCGGCCGUGCCCACGCCGCCGGCCUCCCGGGCCUGCCGCCUCCGGAGCAGGCUGGCGCCGAGCCUGUGCCGCAGCGACUUCGCCAUCGUGGGGCGGCUCACGGAGGUGCUGGAGGAGCCCGAGGCGGGGGGCGGCGGCAUCGCCCGCGUGGCCCUGGACGAGGUGCUCAAGGACGACAAGAUGGGCCUCAGGUUCUUGGGCACCAAGCACCUGGAGGUGACGCUGAGCGGCAUGGACUGGACCUGCCCCUGCCCCAACGUGACGGCCGGCGACGGCCCGCUGGUCAUCAUGGGUGAGGUGCGGGACGGCGUGGCGGUGCUGGACGCUGGCAGCUACGUCCGCGCCGCGAGUGAGAAACGUGUCAAAAAGAUCUCGGAGCUGCUCGAGAAGAAGGCCUGUGAGCUGCUGAACCGCUUCCAGGACUAGCCCCACGCCCCUGCCCAGGCUGCCCGCCCUGCCUUCCCGUCCUGCUGAAUAAAAGCCUGACCUCCUGGCCCGCA